UCGACUGAAGACAACUAAAAAAACCCAUCUCUUUACUGCUAUAUUUUGUUGUAGUUAAACUAGAUUUAGAUGUAGCAGGGAAUCGAACUAAAUUAGACACGGAUAGAAAAGUGGUAUUUUACGUUAGCGAUACAGCUAAUCUGUGAACGACUAGUCCAGUUGAUUAUAAUAAGCAUUUCCAGAUUCUAUCCGGAGCGAAUACCAUAUAGCUACAGUGCAUACCAACUGAAGCUGAUGUUCUCAAGAACCAGAUCCACGUGAUGUAUGAGGGCAAGCACAUACACUUCUCUGAAGUGGACAACAAGCCAUUGUGCUCUUACAGCCCCAAGCUGUGCAAGCAGCGCAGACUCAACGGCUAUGCCUUCUGCAUCCGCCACGUCCUGGAGGACAAGACUGCCCCCUUCAGGCAGUGCGAAUACGUGGCCAAGUACAACAGCCAGCGAUGCACCAACCCCAUCCCCAAGACUGAGGAACGCAGGUACUGCAACAGCCACCUGCAGGUCCUGGGGUUCCUCCCUAAGAAGGAGCGCCGGAGGAAGCAGGAGGUGCUGGAGGAGAUGCGGGCGCGGCCUCACCUGGCGUCUGUGGCACUGAACAUCACCGUGCCCUCGCUGGCUCUGACCGCGCCCAACGGGCUGGACCGCUGGCGGCGCUCUCCUCCCCGCCCCCCUCGCCCCACCCCGGGGCCCCUCCCGGGGGCGGAGCUGCUCGACCCCUUCGCUUUUCAUGAGGAAGAGACGGAUGGUGAGGAGGGCGGGGCCCGACAGCCCUCCAACAGGAAGAAGCUACAGAGGCAGCGCCCGCCUGAUGCAGUCGCCCCCAAGCCCAAAGCAGAGCACUUUAGCCCCCUGCCCACCCCCAGUCAGUGCCCCUCCUCCCCGACAGCACCCUGCCGCCGGCCUCCUGCCCAACCCGCAGAUCUGCACCUCUCUCAGGCCCAGCACCCGUACCUUCACCAGCAACCGCAACCGCAGGGCUUAUUAUGCAAACCGCCACCACCUCAGACCAGCGGCCUGCUGCCUCCCCGCCUGCCCCUCAGCACCAAUCACAGCCCGGCGCAGGCUGCCGGCCCCUCCCUCGGCAGGAAAGCCCCGCCCAUGGCUCCUCCCACUGCCUCGCCCCCUCCCUCUGACUGCAGGGACGGCUCACAGCGACGCCCGGUAACCAUGCGCCCAGUUGCCUUCUCCCCGCCCCCGGCCUGCCUGGCCAGGCUGCAUCACCUGGUGCAGCUCUGCUCUCAGCGACAACAGCAACACGGAGACCUCUUCCCUCACCUCGGGUUGGACUGGUCGGAAGACAGUGCGGAGGAUGAAGAAGAGGAGAGAAUCCCACCAUGUCACUACAGCUGGAGACCCCAGGAGAGAGACUCGCAGGACAUCUCCGAUGACGAGGCCGACCGCGGCCGCAGCAGCAGGCUGGCUCGGCUCUGCACUUACCUGCGGCAGAAGUACAAGCACCUGUGCACCCAGGAGAGGGCAGCGAUGCGCCAGAGGAGAUACCGCUGUGCCUUCCGCCGGGCUCUGCUGCACGCGGCCGGCAGGGACCCGGACUGCGCCGGCCAGCUGGUGCAGGAGCUGCACAGGGUCUCUCACACACCGGCCAGUGUGCGGUCAGUGCAGAGACGCACAGAGCCGGGACUCUGCACAGGCAGCACUAAAGGCCAGGCCUGCAGCAGCACAGCACUGCCCUUCACCCAGCACUGUUUCCAGCACAUCCUGCUCAGCCGCUCUCAGCAGCUCUUCUCCAGCUGCACCGCCAGGUUCGCCGACGGACAGCAGUGCCCCGUCCCCGUGUUCGACAUCACGCACCAGACGCCCCUCUGCGACGAGCAUGCCAAAAAAAUGGAUAGCUUCCUGCGCGGAGACGGUGUCCGCCGGGUCCAGCACCAGCAGCUGCAGCGUAAGCCUCGGAAGAAGACCAAGCCUCCAGCGCUCACCAAAAAACACAAGAAGAAGAGGAGAGCACUGCGCCGGCCGCAGAAGCCCAUCCCCCCGGCGCUGCCCCAGGGGAACCUGGGAAUGCCGUGCAGCCUAUCGCUGCCUGCACAGGCGGCCAGCAUCAGGACUCCUUUAACCCCCAGCCUCAGUAAUGACGAGCUUCCUGAUGACAUCACUAAUGACAUCAGCGACAUUCCACACGACCUUGAGCUCAACCAAGAGGAUUUCUCGGACGUCUUGCCAAGGCUACCGGAUGACCUGCAAGACUUUGACUUGUUUGAAGGCAAGAACGGCGACUUGCUGCCCACCACGGAGGAGGCGGAGGAGCUGGUGCGGGCGCUGCAGGCGAUGGGCUCGUACACGGACACGCUGGUGUGCCUGGGCGUGCAGGGCGGGGCCAUGGGCAUGCCCGCCGAGAGCUUCUCCAGCCUGGAGCUGGCCGACCACCUGCUGCAGCCCCCCACCCCCCCCAGCUCCUCCUCCUCCUCCACCCUGCUCACGCAGAGCCCUCCCGCAGACAGACCGUUUCCCCGGACUCUCCCCUCGCAGCUCCUGCCCAAACCCUCGCCCCAUUACGCCGAACACAUCCCGUCGCCCCACGCAGACUCAGGCCUCCUCCUGGAGGCGCCCGCCCGCUCCCCGUGGGGCUCCCUCUCCCUGCCGCUCGCCGACCCCUCUCCGUUCGGCAGUCUGAGCGGGCCCGAGGGCCUCCUGCUGUCCACCGCCCUGUCCACGCCCCCCUCCGGCGCCCUGCCCCAGGGGGGUCUGAGCACCUCCUCCCCGCACCUCCUCCUCGCCUCUCUGCAGCCCAAGCUGCAGCUGCCGCAGUUCAGCAGCGCGUUCGGCCUGCAGCUGGCCGCUCACAGCGGCAUCCCCACAGACCUGCAGCCCUCGCACAGCUCCACGGCGCCCCCCACUGGCUUCUCCCUCGCUGGCGCCAGUGCCAGCAGCGUGGCCCCGCCCUUCCCCACACAGUAGCACGGGGUCAGAGGUGGUCUCCAUCGACACCCUCCCCCAACAGGGCUUCUCGCAUUCCUGUGUGACCGACGACGCGGUUGGCAGCCUUUAUGUCCGUGACCCCCCCUCCCACCAGCACAGGGUGAGGUCUGAGCGUGGGUGGAGAAGAGAUCUUUCCGGAAACGAGUCGUCGGUAUUGCAGUGUCUGGGACAGUGCUGAGGGCUCACUGACCCCUCUCGUUGUGUGGGCAGAUAAUCGUGCCCAUCUUUACGGUCAUUGUCGCAUCUCAUUCACAAGUAUUAUUAAUAUUAUUCAUAAAAUGUAUUUAUUUAGCUUUUUCCUCACAGUCCGCAGCAUUUACCACAGAAACGGGCAUCAGUAUGAGCCUGUGAGUGGAGUGAAUGGAGUGAAUGGAGUGAAUGGAGUGAGAGAGUGAGAGAGUGAGAGAGUGAGAGAGUGAGAGAGUGAGAGAGUGAGAGAGUGAGAGAGACUGCCUGCAUGUGUGGCUCAUUAUGACUACAGGUCAUAGUGUUACCCCCUGUCAUGAACUGGUCCUUCUCUCCAAUAUUAAUAAGUUUGUCAAAGCACUUUUAAUCACCCGUUUUUACACUGUAAAUAUAGAGUAUUUUACUGAUCAGCAGGAGCUCAUGGUGUGUAAUCAGUGGCUGCAUUAGACACUUGAAGUCAAAUCUGGGAACUUAAAGCAAUAAACCAUCAGUGACAUUCACAUCUUCAUAGCGUUUUACCAAAUGGCAUCAGUCUUCACUUAUGUGUUUUUGUUUGACUUUUAAAGUGGACAAUAAUAUAUAUAUAUUUUUAAUAACGUCAGUGAAAAGUCUGAUCUGUCGUAAUUUCACCCUGUGCAAGGAGACUGGACACUAGGGGGAAAUAUGUGUUGUGUGUGUGUGUAUGGUGUGUAUGUGUGUGUGAGAGUCUGAUCGCCUAUUUGGUGGAUUAAAAUGCUCAAAUUCUGGAUAACAUGAAUUAUAUACAGUAUAUUUAUACAGCACCUCUCACGGAUCUUCAAGUCACAAUGAGUAGGUGUGGGAAGGGAAGGUUGAAUUCACUUCAACUGCAUCCCAUUUGUACAUCAUAGCGGUUAAACCACAAGAGGAGAGACAGCCCCUAAAGCUGUACAAAACCUCACUAAUCACAUCUCUGGAGCCUGGCUCCUCACACCCCUCUCACUGGAGAUGGCAUGGCCCUUUUCCUGUUAGGAUAGAACGAAGCUUGGUGGCAGGGAAGGAGUACUUGUGCCUGCCUCUGCUCUGGCUGAUCUGCCCCGGUCCAAGCACUGGCCCCUGCUGCACAACUAGAGUGGUUCUUAUCCCUGAUUCUGCCGGGCCGCAGGAUGUGCUGGAUGUUAUGCUGAGCACUUAAUCUAUCAAAAAGAAGUUGAUUGGACAGUGAACAUAUCUCGCUCGGUUUUGUGAGGUCAGCUGUUUUGAAGUAUAAGGAAAAACAAUACCCUGGUACCCUCUAGGAUUAGGUCUGAGAACCAAUGAGCAGGGGGCAGGGGUACCCAACAGAAACGAUUUUCUCCCCUUUUUUUUUUAAAGAAAAAAAGCCAUAAACGAGUGCAUCUCGGACACACGGAAGCUGAAGCACUGACUGUUCUGCCUUUUCAUGGGUUGGGGUGGGGGGGUUCUUUUAUGUCAGUGAGCCUGGAAACUCAGUUACCUCCCCAAAAACUGGCAUUUUUAACAGGGCUCUCUCAGCACUUGUAACUGAUUUGAAAUCCAAGAGGUUGCGGAGUGACUCCUGUACACAAUGAAUGUGCUGUAGCACAGUUUUAAAAGAUUAAUAGGCUGAGCUAAUAAUGAUAAUUAUUAAAUCAUGGUUUAAUUUAAGUUUUUUUUUGUAUACAAAGUUUACAUUUUUAUGUGUAUUUUCUUGUGUACAAAGUAUGUAAUAAUGUGUAUAAACAGUAUGUAAUAUCUGUAUAUAGUGUGACAGAUUUUGAUCUUUUUUGGACAUAAAUAAAACUUGCUGUGAGGUA